AUGCCGAGCAGAGGUGACGGUGUAGAGAAGAAGAAGACAACUGCCAUUGCAAAGGCGCCCCUCAUCUCAAAGGCAGUUUCGAUACUCGGCCGCAAUCUUGGCGGGCGCGGGAGCGCGCAACGCCUAACUGGAGCCACGCUCGGGCACACGGGCACCACCAAGGUUGGGUUCGUGGGCGCCCUGGUUUCUCUGCGCACUUUGUCCGUGGCGCCAGGAGGGCCGAUCGCUGAGGUCGCGGUGGAUCAGCCCGCGGCACCACUGGUGAAGGCAACGGUAGCUCCAGCAACGGCCAAGGAGACGGCACCUCAGCCCCCGUCGAUCAUGGCCACGCCUUCCGCCAAGGGAGAUACAGGGUGCGCCGCGGCACAUCCUCAAGCAGUGCCCACCCCGUGGUUCAGCCGGCCGAAGCGGCGGCACGGGGCUCUGACCGAUGCCCGGGCCGCGCUCGGCCGGCUCGAGGCGGACCUUCUGGAUGCCGACCAUCGCCUCGCCAGGGAGCGCUUGAAGCUCGCCUCGAGGUGGCACCAGCUUCAGGUGGCUUCCCAGGAGGCCCAAUACCAAGCCACGGCUAUCGCUGCGAAGGGCGGGAAGGAAGCCGCCGAAGCAAGGACGGCCCGCGACAACGCGAUUGCUGAGGUGGAGGCGGCCGCCAAACGCCACGGCGAGGUGGAAUCCCGCUUGAAGGCGCUUGAAGAGGAAGAGGCCAUGCGCACGUGUCAGCUCCAGCAGCAGGAGGAGGAUCUCAAAGCUCGCGAAGCGGAGCUUGCAGAUCAUGACUCCAAGCCGGUGAAGGUUGAAGCCGAGCAGGCCACAGAGCGUGGGCGCCUGGAAGUGCUGCAGCGCGAGGUGGCCGAAGCCCGAGCAGCCCAUGCCAAGCAUGUCACCGAGGUGGAGGCCAGGCUGGACGCCAGGGAGAAGAAGAUCCUUGCCAACGCCGACGCGAAGGCAGCGCCGGACCACGCCGCCUUCUCCUGCCUUGAGCUCAGGGCCUGUCAAGCACUGAAAUCCAUAUGA